AUGAGCUGUGUGUAUGCAUUUGGGUCCAAUGGGCGGGGCCAACUGGGGCUGACACACGAAAAGGAUACGGACACGCCGCAGUUAUCUUUACCAGGAGGUGAUGGAACGGUGAAGAAGAUAGCGUGCGGUGGGAACCACAGCGUGAUACUGAUGAACAACGGAACUCUGGUGGGAUGUGGAGAUAACAGGCGAGGAGAACUGUAUGGUGGGCGAACAGUGCAGCAGGUGCGCGGCUGGACACCGAUCGAAGUGCCUGCGUCUGUGGUGGAUGUAGCAUGCGGCUGGGACACGACGGUCAUUGUGGAUGCUGAUGGUCAUGUAUGGCAGCAAGGAGGCGGUUGUUACGGGUUCGAGCAGCGGCAGUUGCCGCUGCUUCCGAACAAUGAGCGCAUUGCAGUCUACGGAUGCUUCGAGAACUUCGUGGUGGUGCAUGGUCCCCGGGUAUACGGCUGGGGGAGCAACACCAAGUGCCAGUUGCAAAGACCAAAGUGUCGCUCGAUAGCUGAGCCCACAUUGGUGUGCGAUAUAGGGCCUAUGGCCGUGGACUAUGUGGCGAUGGGCAAGGACUUCAUGGCUGUUGUCGACAAGAGUGGCCGCAUAGCGCAUGCAUCUGGUCGUCUGCCGGCUGGGUUUCACCUCGAGCAACAAGACGCACCGCAUGGCCUUGUGGCAAAAUGCAUGUGGACCUCAAUCCACGUCUGGGACAGAGACCACAAUGCCGUAAAGUCGUUUGGCAGGGGCACACACUCCCAACUGUUCCCACAAGAGAGCCUGGACGUCCGCAUCGCCGACUUUGCAACCGGCAGCGAACACGGCAUACUUAUCACGGCUAGCCAAGAAGAAAAGCCCCAUUACUACCUGAUAUACUGCUGGGGGUGGGGGGAGCAUGGCAACUGUGGCCCGCAAAAGGGCUCCCAGCCUGGGCUACAGCUCGUGGGCAGAUAUUCCAGCAAGCCCCGCGUGUUUGGCGGGUGUGCCACCACCUGGAUCGUGCUCCAACACCCAUAA